GGUCGGCUCGGGCGGCUUCGGCCAGGUGUACAAGGUGCGCCACGUGCACUGGAGGACUUGGCUCGCCAUCAAGUGCUCGCCCAGCCUGCACGUGGACGAAAGGGAGCGGAUGGAGCUGCUGGAAGAAGCAAAGAAGAUGGAAAUGGCAAAAUUUCGCUAUAUCCUUCCUGUUUAUGGCAUCUGUAAGGAACCAGUUGGCUUGGUUAUGGAAUAUAUGGAGACAGGAUCACUGGAAAAGCUCCUGGCCUCAGAACCACUGCCAUGGGAACUGCGCUUCCGAAUCAUCCAUGAGACGGCUGUGGGUAUGAACUUCCUGCACUGCAUGUCACCGCCACUGCUCCAUCUGGAUCUCAAGCCAGCAAACAUUCUGCUUGAUGCCCACUAUCACGUCAAGAUUUCCGAUUUUGGACUAGCAAAAUGCAAUGGCCUCUCACAUUCCCAUGAUCUCAGCGUAGAUGGUUUAUGUGGCACUAUAGCAUAUCUGCCUCCAGAGCGUAUAAAGGAGAAGAACCGAUGCUUUGACACCAAACACGAUGUGUACAGUUUUUCCAUCGUGGUUUGGGGAGUCCUCACACAAAAGAAGCCUUUUGCAGAAGAAAAUAACAUCUUGCAUAUUAUGGUCAAAGUAGUUCAAGGCCACCGCCCAGAACUACCUUCCGUUUCCAAAUCCAGACCUCGCUCAUGUAAUAACUUGAUUAGACUGAUGCAAAAGUGUUGGCAAGAUGAUCCUAGUAAGCGGCCAACAUUUCAAGAAAUCACUUCAGAAACAGAGGACUUGUAUGAAAAACCAGAAGAUGAAACAAAGGAAACUGUAACCCAGGACCUGGACACCAAGCGUUCCCGAGAACUACGUUCAGAGGGAAGGCAUGCAGUAUCCCAGGUGAAACGAGCAUCUGCUCCGGUGUCAGCUAAGGAUUACAGCCUCUCGGAAUUGUUGUCCCAGCUGGAUUCGGGGAUUUCACAGACAAUUGAAGGCCCUGAGGAGCUGAGCCGUAGCUCUUCUGAGUCCAAACUUGCUUCCAGUGACAAGAGACUUUCAGGAGUUUCUUCUGUGGAUUCGGCCUUUUCAUCUCGAGGUUCCUUGUCUUUGUCCUUCGAGAGAGAGAACUCUGGAAAUGAUAUUGACACGACAGAUAUUCAAAAGAGAAAAUUGGCUGAGGCAAUUCUAGCUGGAGACACAGGCAAGCUAAUGAAGAUUCUCCAGCCUCAAGAUGUUGAUCUUGUUUUAGAUGGAAACUCUAGCCUCUUGCACUUGGCUGUUGAGGCAGGUCAAGAAGAGUGUGUCAAGUGGCUGCUCCUUUAUAAUGCUAACCCUAAUCUCACCAAUAAGAAAGGGUCUACCCCCCUGCACGUGGCUAUAGAGAAGAAGGUUCGAAGCAUCGUGGAGCUUAUUCUGGCAAGGAAAAUCAAUGUGAAUGCCAAAGAUGAGGAUCAGUGGACAGCUCUUCACUUUGCAGCACAGAACGGGGAUGACUUCAGCACCAGAAUGCUGCUUGAUAAGAAUGCCCUGCCGAAUGAAGUAGAUUUUGAAGGCAGAGCCCCCAUUCACAUAGCCUGCCAGCACGGCCAAGAAAACAUAGUGCGUAUCCUCUUGAGAAGAGGUGUGAAUGUAGAUAUCAUGGGAAAGGAUGGCUGGUUGCCAUUGCACUAUGCUGCUUGGCAAGGUCAUCUCUCCAUUGUCAAGCUUUUGGCAAAACAUUCAGAUGCAGACGUGAAUGCACAGACAGUGAACGGAAGGACUCCUCUGCACCUGGCAGCUCAAAGAGGGCACUACAGAGUGGCCCGCAUUCUUAUCGAACUGCAGUCAGAUGUUAACAUCCAGAACAUGCUUCUGCAAACUGCUCUCCAUGUAGCUGCUGAAACGGGCCAUACCAGCACUUCCAGGCUGCUUCUCAAUCGUGGUGCAGAAAUUGAGGCUGUUACAGCAGAAGGAUAUACUGCAUUUCAUUUAGCAGCCCGCAGUGGACAUCUAGCCACAACUAGACUGCUGAUAGAUGAAAAGGCUAAUGUUCUGGCCAAAGGCCCUGCAAACAGAGCAGCACUACACCUUGCUGCUGAAAAUGGACACUCUGAAGUAGUAGAGGAGCUUGUCAGCUUAGGAAACAUAAAUGAUUCUGAUGAAGAAGGGUUGACAGCGCUUCACCUGGCAGCAAGAGAUGCAGUGGGACAAACAUCUUGUUUCAGACUACUGGGAUUACACCCUUUUUAAAGCCUCUGUGGUAAGAAGUUGUCUAAAAACCUAAUGUUCAGUUUAAAAUGAGCACUGUUGAAGAAGGCGGCUUAUUAAGAAGUUUUUUUUUUUAGGAAAGAUGCGUUCGAUCCUGGAACAGAUGCAUUUGAUCCUGGAGUCUAUGCUUAAGUGUCAUUUCACUUUCAGAAUGUGCAAAAUGGACUAUAUGGGAAUACUGUACUGUUCAUUCUUCUAUACAGAAAUAUUGAUUACAAGACCACACAUUUCCAUGUACUGAGCAGUACCAAGAAACUAUCCUUAGCUAGGUCAUAGGCUGUAAGAACUGAAACAAAUCCUAAUUUUGUCUCGAGGGAGUGAAGCAUGUGAAAAUACAAAUUUAUAUGCCAUACCAAUGUGUAUAAUGCAAGAUUAGCCAUAUGACUUGGUACCUGUAAAUGGUUUUAAUGUGAAAAUGGCAUAGGUUUGAAUAGUUCAUUAUUAAUUUUUCUUUGCAAUAAUCAAAUGUUAUAUUCUGAUAACAUUAUGGAACGUUUUCAAAGCAGUUUGUUUAGAUGGCAUGUGUUUUAUAGAACCACAUGUACAGUGCCACAGUACAUAUCCUAAAUGAACGAACUGUGUGAUUGAUAUAAUAUACUGUGUAUAUAGUUUUUUCUAUCUGUUGCUCACAUUUUUCUACUAAAGAAAAUAGACUUUAGAGCUGGGUAUGUUUUAAUAUUCACUCUUUUCUCAAAGUUCAUAUGUGAUCUGUUAUCAAUAAAAUAAUUGUUGUAUAUACCUGCUGUAAGUAUGGUUGUAUGCACGGGAUAUUUUUUUCACUACAGCAUAAGUAGAAAAAGGUACUCUGUGCAGUAAGGCAAGUCCUUGUAGGACUAGGUGCAAAAGAGUUGUGUUUGUAACAUUUAAAUGUGCUGCCUGCAUAGUGGAAUCUACAACCAGGGUUAAGUGGCUUGACUUGCCUGUACAACACAUGAACAGUUAGAUGGCUUUGAAAGGGAUUAGCAGAAGGCAGCAUACUGAUUGGAAAACUGCUUAAACUAGCCUGUAGGCAAGACUGAUGCUCAAAUCUUGUUCAUCAGAGGGUCCUGAUCAUUAUGGGUGCUGACAAAAGUGAUAUUUUGUCUUGUGAUUGUCCCCCUGAAAGCACUCUACAGCCAUGCCCUGACAGAAGCACACAGAUGUAGUAGAGUGCUUUAAAAGUGCCCUAUUGCAUGACGAACAAACCCUCAUUACCCGAGGGUUCAAGUGAAGGCGCUUCAAAAAUGGAGCACCUUCAUUUAACUUCUGUUAGUUUGUGCCAGGAGCAUCAGCCCAGCCCCUGGUGCUGUCUUCAGAGUA